AUGCACAUUUUCAAGAUUGUCCAGCUCUUGGGCCUGCUGGCCGCCGGCGCUUCCGCCUUGCCUACCCCAGCUGCCGCCGAUGCCGCUCAGCCUGGCGAGGGGGGACAGUCCCAGGCCCGUACGGAGCCUGGUUCUGGCAACGAGGCCAAUGUUAACCGGCCCAAGGAGACGGUCAGAUGCCCGAGAUGCCCGGAAAGUGCAUUCCCGUCCGUGCAAGAAUACGCCGAGCACUACGGCAAGGCUCAUCCUUCUGAUGCCUGGCCCCGCCCUAUCGCCAUUAAGAAGGCCAAUUAG